AUGACUUCAACUCUCGGACUCGGGCGUUUUUCUGAAAAAACAUCCAUUGAAAAGAAUAGAUUUCCAAUGAUUAAAACUAGGUCCGGGAAGCAUAUUCAAUAUGUGGAUCAAUGUGUGAUUAGAGUGAGAGGAGGAACUGGAGGAAACGGACUUGUACAUUUUCUAAGAGAAAAAUUUAAACCCAUCGGAAAAGCAAGUGGAGGAGAUGGUGGAAAUGGUGGAAGUGUGUUUAUCAAGGCAACAAGUAGUAGACACUCACUCUGUGGUAUUGACCAUAUUCAAAAGGCCAAAGAUGGUGACAAUGGUCAGAAGAGAAACAAAAACGGGAGGAAAGGAGAACAUACGAUAAUUUAUGUACCUCUUGGAACACAAGUUUUUGACGCAGAUACUGGUGACUUUAUUGCAGACCUUCAAAAUGAUGGUGAUGAAAUUUUGGCAGCUAAGGGAGGUAGAGGUGGACUUGGAAAUCAACACUACUCCUCCAGUACGAAUAGAAGUCCAAAACAAAGUCAAGAAGGACAAAAAGGAGAAUCCAGGCAUUUACUUUUAAAAUUGAAAACCAUUGCUGACGUGGGAUUGCUAGGAUUUCCAAAUGCAGGAAAAUCCACACUGUUAGGAGCGAUAUCAAAUGCCAAGCCAAAAGUAGCUGCAUAUUCAUUCACAACCUUACAUCCCACGGUUGGAGAAGUUUUUCAUCAAGAGACUGGAUAUUCCUUUACAUGUGCUGAUAUUCCUGGUUUAAUUGAGGGCAUGAAUAGCAAAUUCAAAACAAGGGGUUUAGGUCAUGAUUUUUUGCAACAUAUUGAACGAACAAAAUUACUUCUCUAUGUCGUUGAUGUGAGCGGACUUGAGGGCCUUGGUAUUCAAUACAAUGAGGAAACGGGAGAGAUCAAGUACGAAUUUAUUACUGAGGCAUCUCCAUUUGACUAUGAUUCGAAUACUUCGAGUGAGGAGAUCAAUGAGCUUUCCAAACACGCUGAAAAGAGAGUCACAAAAUCACUUUCUUCUGUACAGACCAAUGAUGACUCGUAUCAUUUGAGAGAGUCUGCAUUAGCAGACUAUUUUGGAGAGGAUGAAGCCGAAGAUGUUUUGAACGAUUUAGAUGACGAGAAUGAAGACGCACUCACAAGGCGAAUGAAUAAGAGACAAAAAGCUCAGCACAGCUUUAGAAAGAGGACUCCUCUUUUGAGAACCUUAUCACCUGAAGAGUCUGCAAGAAUUCGUUCCAGAGAACAUGAAACAAGGAUCAAUACUGAACAAACUCUUCAAGAGCAAUUUGACGACGAUAAUGACAAUAAUUCUGCCAUUUCUGCAGAGGACAAUCUACAAAGCAUGACCGAUUUUGACACCAUGCAACUUGACGACGAAGAUUACAACUCUCUUCAAAUAGAUGUCAACAACACUGAAGAAAAUCUUCCUGAACAUGAUCCUUAUCGUAACACCGUACUUGAUACACUCCCAGAAAUUAAGAGAAAACAACGAUUAUUCCAACCUUGGGAUAUUUUGAGACUACUACAAAAAGAAGUAGAACUCUACAUGUCAGGUCUUUCAGAACGAGCUGCCUGCAUUGUUGCUAACAAGAUGGACGUUCCUGGUGCUGAGAAGAAUUUCGAAAAACUGAAAGAGUUUGUGAAAAACGAGUUUGGUGAUAUUCCCAUUGUUCCAAUCUCGGCGAAGGAUGGAUUGAAUGUCGAGCAAGUGAAAUUAUUCUGUAUUGGUUAUUUGGAAAGACGAAAGAAAAAAGCUGAGACGACAGGCCCUCAAGAGUAA